AUGACCAUCAGCCACUAUGUCUGUGGAAUCCAGUCUAGUCACAGUGCCUGCAAUGUUUCUGAACGUCAAGCUACUACAGAUGGAAAGAGACAAAAGACAGGAGACAGAGGCUUCACAACAGGAACAGAAGUUCAGUGUCUUGUCCCAUCAGCUCACACAGUUCCAGUUGGACAUGGAAGACACCAGAGCGAGUCGACCACUUCCACAGGAUCAGAGAGUGCCAGCUGGAGACCCUAAGUUACUAAGUGCUUCGGCGGUGGACCCAGUUCCGACCUACGAGCGCGAAGACCCGCUCACCGGGGACACCCUGAUCUGUGAAAAGUGUCCACCCGGCUUUCAUCUAGUCGCGCACUGCACGGCCACCACGCCCACCCAAUGCGCGCCGUGCAAAGGCGAGCAGUUCACCGAGUUCUGGAACUACCUGCCCAGGUGUCUGUACUGCAGCAACUUCUGCUUUGACAACCAGGAGGUACAGAAGGAGUGCUCAGCGGUCAACAACAGGGUCUGCCGGUGCAAAGAGGGGUUCUACUAUGCCAAUGACUUCUGCGUUGAACACACACAGUGCGGGCCAGGACACGGUGUUCUAACCAGAGGUACAUCAGAAACGAACACUCUUUGUGUAAGUUGUGCCCAGGGUUUCUUCUCCAGCUCAUCAUCUGCGCUUGAUUCGUGCGUAAUCCAUCAGGAAUGCGCGAACGGACAGAUUGUGCUCCUCCCCGGUUCAGUUUACCACGACACAGUGUGUGGCACCUGCACAGAUCUUGCCAAUGGAGGUGAGACUUCCAGGACAUUCCUCUCAGCAUUCUUCAGUAAUCACAGGAUGCGCGUGUCGAAAAUGAAGAAAUUUGUGGCCAGGUACAUUCAUAAGUCAGGGGGGGAGAGGCGCAUCAGGGGAACGGUUCUCCCCAGACAGAGAGGUCCUCUCCUGGAUCAAAUCAAAGCAUGGCUGGCAGAGAGUCCAGACGUGCAGCUGAAAAAACUGCCAGCGAUGCUGAGGGCCACACAGCUCAGCUCCAUGGCAGAAAAACUGGAGAGGAGACUCAAUGAGAUUAAGCAACAUAACUGUGCAGCAGUUGAACAGUAAUGUACGCUGACAGAUUGGUAGAUACAGUAUAGAAUUAUAUAUACCUCUUUCUCUUAUUUACCCAUUUGAAAACAAAUAUCUAAAAGAUGAAAGGCUGUGAUGAAAAACAUGUUGAAAAAUACUGUACUGCCAUCAAUGUUAUUUGUGUAUCUUUAAUUGGAGUCAGACUAUAACUGUGCUUCAGAUUGAUAAAGAGGAAAAAUGACUAAAAGCAGCCUACAAAUUUGGAAGAACCUUCAAGUAAAUGUAAAAAAUGCCAAUAUUGUUGGAUGACUCAAGUGUCAUGGAGACAUAUAUGUGUCAUACAAAAGGGAGCUAAAACUAAAUGUUAUCAUUGAAAUGUAUGAUGUUCUGUAAAAACUCUGAUAUUGAACUGGAAACUUUAACCUGUUAUGCGCGGCAGCUAAAUAAAGUACAUGUUGAAAUCUAAAAUGGCUGUAACCAUCUCAAGCAAGAUAACCACUGUCAGCCUGCGGGGUGUAAUUUAACCAAAUAACCACAAGGUGUCGCCAUCUUCCUCUUUUAACUCUGGUCAUUGGAGAAUAAUACUGACAUGUUUACACACCCUAUCAGAGAGUGAGUUAUUGAAACCUAUUUAUUCAUUCUUUCUACAGAAUAAAAAUUAUCUCAUUGGCUUACUCAGUAUGGACCAUUACACCACAUAAUGGUCCAAAUGCAAUGUUAAAGUGACCCGAAAGAAUUUGCUUAUUGUGUUGUGUUAAAAUAUUAAAAAAGUUAGAAAAUGUG